AUGCUGGGCCAAACUACUCAAACCGUAGCAGCUCCUUCGGUAUUCAAUCUUGCGCUCGACGACUACAUUCGAUCGAGGCCGAGAAAUAGCAAGACACCACAGUUCAUCCAGAAAUUACAGCAACAGCAAGAUGCUGGGGAGCGGAUUGAUGCACAAAGUGUCUUGCAGGAUAUAGGUCGGUUGCAUCGCGACGCGACAGACAGAAGAUCUGCCAGUGCAGCUCGCAAAAUCCUGAUGCCGGUGGUGACGAUUCUUUCCACAUAUUCGGGGGUUGUUGACACUCUAGCCCAGGCAGAUCCCAUGCCAACAGCUGUGAUCUGGGGGUGCCUGAAAGCUGUAAUAGACAGCUCCCAGAGAUUUCUCGAUCUUUAUGAUAAAAUCUCCGAUCAAAUCGAUCGGUUGAACAUCCACCUCGAUGUGCUCACGGAAUAUGAUUGGUUGUUCACAGACUCUUCAACGAUGCGAGAACUGUUGCGAAUCUCAUACAUUGACAUUAUACGCUUUUGGGUAAGAGUAGAGAAGGAAUGUAAGCGUUGUGUCGCCAAUCGACUGGCACGGGCAGUGGCCCCGUUUAGCACUUCCAAAAUCGACAAGAUCAUUGCUAAGAUUGGUGAAACUGCCGAUGGAAUGGCCCGGGUUAUCCCUGUCGUUCAAGAGCGUCUAAACAGAAAGGAACAAGAGAAUACACUUAGGGAGCGUGAAUUGGCUGGUAUUGCACGAGAAGAACAAACAGCUUUCAUCCAGAGAUAUGAAGAAAGAUAUGCAGAGGAACUAAAAGAACUCGCACAAGAACGAAAACGGCAGAGACAGAGAGAUGUGCAAAACUGGAUUCGUGCAGGACCGUCGCCUCUCAACGAAAGUAACCACCGCCAUCAUGAUGAAAAACGUGAUGAACGAAGUCCAGGAACAUGCGAGUGGCUCUUCAAAGAUCAGAUGGUACAGAGUUGGGCUCAAAGCUACAAUACAGCUUCCCAGAUCUGGGUAAAGGCUUCUCCCGGCGUUGGUAAAUCAGUUUUGACGGCCUACGCCGUUGAAACGAUACCAAAGAUUUGCAACGAGUCGUGUGCAGUCAUUUACCAGUAUUUUACCUUUGAUGAGGAGUUUCGCACCAUCGUGGUUUAUCGAAGUCUCGCAGAGCAGCUUGCAAAUCAAUUAGGGACAAUCACCGAAAUGCCAGAAGAUGUACAUGAAUUCACGCAGCGUGGCGCUUCAAGUACCAAAGCCGAUGAUGUCAAGACUGUCAUCAGUAAGCUGGUGGAGAAGAUUCCUGUGACAUAUGUUUUUCUCGACGGGCUGGACGAGGAAUGUAAACAAGAGCCGAGGAGGAAGAUGCUCUUCGAUAUAUUGAGCUUUUUCGACGAUCUUGCAAGUAAAACAUCAAGCCGCCUCCGUCUAUGGUAUAGUUCCCAGCAGCACACCUGUCUCGACGAUCGAUUUCAGAAUCAUCCAUCUAUUGAGGUUACGAAGAGCCUUAAUGGUCUUGAUAUAGAGACAUAUUUGUCUCAUAAGUUUACUGCUUUGGACCGUCUCGAUCUUCACGAGGGUUAUAAAAACUUAAUCCUUCAAGAGUUAAGCGAGAAAGCAGAUGGAUGUUUCCUAUGGGUCUCACUGAUGCUACAUUCCAUGUCAAAAGCUGUAAUGCUGAGCCAGGUUCAAAAUCUCAUUGAAGAUGGUCUUCCUGGAGAUUACGAGAAAUAUUAUCAGCGAAAGGUGGAGGGCAUUGAACCGUCACUGAAGGAAUUUGUCUCUAUUCUUCUUGCCUGUAUUGUUCACGCAAGACGACCCUUGCGUCUUGAUGAACUCUGCGAAUGUAUAGCUAUGGCUAGGGGACACAGUGGAUGCGACAUUGAUGAACGUGAAAAGCUUUACGAAGAUAUGGUGUUGGAGCUCUGCCAGCCGCUUGUCCGAGUCCACGAGGUUCAAGGACAAGAGGAAACCUUCGAAAUUUGCACUUUGACACAUGGUUCUGUAAAAACGUUCUUGUUGAAGAAUCCCCAAAUAUUAACUCACGGUCCCGGUUCACCUGCGUAUGCUCUAACAACCGAUGUCAUGGCAAAUAUUUGCCUAAAAUAUCUGUUGCAGCCCCGCUACCAAUACUUGCUAACUAAGAAAGGGGAAACAUUUGUUGAUCUCAACGAUAAAGACAUUAUGGACCACCAUCUGCUUUCUUAUGCAGCUAAGUACUGGGACAAACACUUGGACAGUGUAGAAUUUUCACCACAGAUUUACGAAAAGGUCUUGGAAUUAAUCACCAGUCCUAAAUUCUUCACGUUACUACAGAUCCAAAGUUUGCUGGUGGAAGGUCAGUUUCAAUUUUGGUUUCAGAGCUCCCGACCCUUCGCUGGAGAACAUAUAAGACGCGUUUUCCCUCAUUGGUUUGAAGAAAAUUGCAUUGAGGACUUCCAAAGAGACUAUAAAAUGUUUGUUGGAGAAUGGGGUGCUCUCUUAGAUGAAGACACCAGUCUUGAGGGCACUUACCAGGGGGAAAUUGACAGGUGUUUCUUUGAAGCACUUGGAUCCCACAACUUUCUCCACCGCGGGCCCAGUCGGUAUAAAAGCUUGAGUUUCUCGACGGAAGAUACUAAGAAAGUUGAAUUACCAAACCGGUCCUUUGAGGGUGUAGAUGAAACGGGAAAUUUGCUAGUAGUAUUGAAGCUUGAGAGCUUGGUUUCUGAACAACUGAAAUUUUGUUGCGAGCGCUGGUGCCUAGCGGGUCACCGACCUAAGUUUCAGGGGUCUCAAACUCUGUACAGCUCUCCUUCGAGCUGGCCUCUAUAUGAAUAUCCGUUAUCCCAAAAAACCCCUGGACGACCCCGUCUUGUUGCGUUUACUAAGGACUUACAAUUUAUUCGCAUUGGUUCUCAGGUGUUUUCCAAGGGAGACAAUCAGGAAUAUAAGCCACUGCCUAUUCUUGGUUCAGAAAAUGAUUACUUUGAGGAAAUGGCCAGCAACGGUCAUCUCAUUGCAGUAUCAACAAGACGACAGAUUUCCAAGACAGAUAUCAAGGUACCAGAGCAGGCUGCCAGUGGAAGCUCGGCUGUCGACUAUGCAGAAAUAAUGCUGCGUGCGGAGGAAGAGAUGGUAAAGGUAUUAGACCAACUCACCGCCACUGUCCCUUCCUCGUCAACACAGCCAACAACCACCGUUACGAAAAGCAGUAAGGCAGACGAUGCUAGCAGCGUUACAUCUGCCACGUCCUUUACCGUGGAUGAUGCUGAUGAUUUUGUUGAUGAAUCUCUAAUGGAGCAAGAAAAGGUCUUGGAUGCCAGAUCAGAGUCGGGACAUACGGAUGAAUUACUGCAUUCCUCCUCUGACGACUCUAUUAGCAGCAACACAGCUUAUACUUCCUGGAGUGAAGCCUCCAGUGAGCUCAUGUCUGAUGAGAUGGAGGACGAAGAUCAAUGGAACGAUCAGCCAUUGACGUUGGAAGAACUUGAGCUUGAGAAACGUGAAGGAUCGCUGUACGGUGAUUCUAGUGAAGCUGAGGAGAAUGCCAAUGAAUUACUAUUGGAUGCCGACAUAAAAAGCUCGUUUUCCGAGACAGAUGAAAGCCAGGGCAGGCGACCAGAGCUGGAAGGAAUGUACUCGGACGUUGAAAGUCACUUGUCGUCUGAAAGUUACAGCUUUUCUGAUAGUCAGGAAGGCUCAGAAGAUGGGGCUAUGUUUGAGGAUAUGAUGGUUGCAAACAAGACAACAAAAACCGAAGGGGCUCACAGAAUCAGCAUUCGGAUAUACUCUCCGACCAGGCUAGAUCGGGUUCCUAUUUUCCAUUACAGCUGCUAUAUAAAGGGUGCUCUUUUUGACUCCCCUCCGGAAUUUCACCCAUCUAAGCCCCUCUUAGUUUGGCCGCUGGGCGACGGGGAAAUUUUGUUCGCAAACUAUGAGCGAAAAACAUAUUUCACGCGAGAACUCUGUCGCUCACACGCUCGCAGCUGCCACGUUUCUGUCAAAACGUACUUCUCACGCGAUGGCCAGUACGUCCACUUUGCCGCGCUGGAGGCCUGCGAGGCAGACAAGUCGGAGGAGGGUCAACCGCAUAAAGUACUACUAAGUCUUCAAGUCACGACUCAUCGACUAUCAGUACUGAAGACGGCAAGGAGCCCACCUCGACUAGUCUUCCGUACAACCAUUAGUCUCGGCGGUGCCCCCAGUAUACAGGUGUCCAAUCUACCGUAUUUCUUGACAUGGACAGACACAGAGCUUUUCUUUACCAUCCGCGGUAGAGAACUCAAUAUGAUCAGAAUUCCUCUUUUUCAAUCCCCUACUAGCAGCAGUACAGAAACAAAGCCUAAUAUACGUUACCUCAAAAGUCCCAUCUUCCUGCCGCGCUCGACCUAUGUACGAAACAUGUACUUCUUUCCUGAGGUAGCAAACGGUAUGGGUAAAAGGGACAAGAAGGCUUCUACUCUAAUCCUCGGAUCGCAUUGCAGCCUUCCGAACCAAGACUUUGCAGUGCCCAAGAGCAUGUCUUUUCCUCCGAUUGGAGUGUUUCUACGGGAAAACACAGAUCUGGAAUGGGCGUGCAAGAAAACUUCUGAUGAGACUUAUGCAACGCAACGAAUGAAUAAUGCAUGUGGCAGGCUGAAAGGAAAGUUUGAGUCCUUUGAUCUCGUCGAGGACUGUGACAUUGUGCCUUAUCUGUUUUAA